UGUUACACUUCUUGAGUUUGCAGUUGCAAACGCUGGCUAUAAAACGCUGUAAAUAAAAGGGAAGUUUAUAACCACAGCGCAAGCACGAUAUCAUACCUUCUCAAUGUACAGAGUACAGUAUAUCUAUCACACCGACCACGCGAAAACGGUUAUUUCAACGUUAGCUUGCCGUAUUUCCACUGGAAUCCUUGCUAAGACAGUUAGACUUAUACUGCCAUGAUUCACUUUCUGAUUUUUUCGCUGUCCGUUAUUCUUUGCCGAUCAGAAAGCCAUAUCAAAGCUGUCAAUCUCUUUGGAAAUCCAUAUCCAAACGAUACAAGAUGGCACCCACUGACCCAACCAUUAGCUGACCACGAGACGUUCACGGCGACGGUGAGUCUCUGCACAAACGGCUCGCAGUAUGACGUCUUCGACUCCAACCGUACAAGCGAUGACCGUGAAAUAGGAAAGCACCGUGUUUACGCGUAUUUCCUACGCGGCCAUGAGCCCCUGGCAUUCUAUGCGCGACCCAAGCGGGACAUCCCUGCAAUCCAGUACAAAGAAUUCCUAAACAUUCCCCAGUUUGUCGGUUUCCAUCGGGUUGCAUUGGCACAAAAUAACCUGAGCGUCCCGGAACUCGAAGAAGCUUUGGCAUACGCCUGGUCGCCCAGCUUCGAAAAUAGCAACUGGACCGCGAAGCGCGUCCAGAUCGUGAAAUUGGGCGACACAUGGGAUGAUUUUACUAUUGACGGGUCACCUCUUAUAACGGUCAACUACAUUCUGCCGGUAAAUAACCUUCCGUCUUCCGGAGAUUACCCGGCUCAGAAGCAGUCGUAUCUGGAGCUGCCGAAAAUUGUACCUCCUUCUAACGAAAUUUUCUGGCAACGGUUGAGAGAAAAGGGCUUAGCACCAAUUAAGGGGAAAAUUUUUAUCAACAACGUCCCUUCUGAUGCUUACCGGACAUUUUUUUACCUCAGGGCGGGAAACACUUCGACGUCAGGCGUUUUUAAUACUGACCAAUUACAGGCUGAUCUAAAGGCUAUAGUUCUGCGAAACAGAAUAGGGGCAGGGUGUGACGAGGAUGGAACCAGCAAUGUGCAACUGCAUUUUGCCCCGUUUGAACCGGCCAUAGCCAUCAACAGAUCUAAUGGCGCAUUUUCUGAAAUAAGCGUUCUGCCAUUUUCCUUUGUGGCGACCGUGAAGCAAAAGAUUUAUCAAGAAUUAAAUAUGGGUAUAACCAACCUGGAAAUCGAUGGCCGGGACCGCUAUUACAUAUACCACCCAGAUCCACAAAGCCGACAUUGGUACAACCUACCUUACCUGCCAAAAUUUCCGCUGAUGCGAAUGUAUUCCUUUCGAAUGUACACGGAUCGACCCAUGAGCAUCCAGCUGUUACCGGAACUGGAAGGACCAAUGACAGCCUGCCUCAAUGCCGACACGAAUUUGAGAGGAAGAGGCUUCGUGCAGGUGCGUCUGUGGAAUUUCGACCCGGAAGGGCUGACUAUCAACUUUUUCGUCUACUUCAACACCGGCAUAUUUGAAGAUAGGGCUAUCCUGGAUGGUCGACUGUCCUAUGCGCAGACCAUUUAUUCUAAAUUAGACGGGCUUAUCCUAGAUAAAAGGAGUUCCGAUGGCGAUUCUACCAGGAAUGUCUACAGGCUGAUGAGGGAGCCUCCGGCCGAUCGGGCACUGCUUAGACAUUCCGUUGUACGCCUUUGUCAACAAGAACUGGCGGUUAUCCCACAAUCAUACUGUCCCGUGACGGAAGAGUUUAUUCUGCCCAUUGAGUCAGCGGAAGGGUCGGCUUCGCGCUUCGAUGUAAAAGAUAGGGAUGGAUAUUAUAGUUCGAAAGAAAAGAUGCUGAAUUCCGAUCGCAUUAUGGCCGCAGUCCAACAAGCUUUUGCUGAAAUGAAUCCCUUAACGAUGGACGACAUCACACUGACCAUCACUUUAAAUGGACGUGACGACGACGUCCACACGGUUGACGGGAACGAUGCAUCGAGAUUUAAUUUCACCUUGUCGUAUCCGAAAAUGAACACCAGCGCUUACUGGAAGUUGUGGCGCUAUCCAACACAACAGGUCUUCAACAAGUAUCUCGACCGUGCAGGGGCCCGAAUCGCCACCACAUGGACAUAUUCGAUGCCUUUGACCAUGGACAAUCAGCUUUAACUUCUGAUGAACAGUUGUCAUGGUGGAUGAAAUGUCUCGCCAGUACAGAGUACCAUAGCAGUUCUGGUAUUACUGUCGGCAUAACUCUAAAAUUAAUGAUGGAUUUUAUGUGCCCACUGUUACUUUCACUUUUGCUCACGUCGAGAUCGAUCAGUAAAUUUAGCACUUUUACUCACGUACGUAAAUCACGGAAUCCGACCGGGCGAUUGCUUUACUGCAUGCGCACACUCACUGAACAGUUACACGAUUACCGUAUGCUACCGUGAUCUAUCUAAUACUACAGCUUAAGUUUUACUUAAAUCAUGUUCGUCUAUCACCACAUUUCUUCCGAAUUACUACUGGAUUU